AUGAUCAUCCGACAACUUCCACAGGAUGUCGUCGAUAAGAUCAAAUCAUCGGUUAACAUCACGUCCCUGAAUGGAGUAAUCUGCGGUCUCAUCGCCAACUCUUUGGAUGCUGGCGCUUCCAAGGUCAACAUCUCGAUCGAUUACGCCAGGGGAAAUUGUACCGUUGAGGAUAACGGGUCCGGAAUCCCACCUGAAGAAUUUAAAGAUGGCGGGGGACUCGGGAAGCUCCACCAUACAUCCAAAUUCCCUACGAGGUCAUCGGUUCAUGGGAAACACGGUGAUUUCUUAGCCUCCCUUGCAACAUUCUCUCUUUUGACCAUCACGUCUCAUCAUGAAAGACACAUCUCUCAUAACACCAUCGCAGUCCACAACUCUCGGGUUCUGGCUAGACAGUUGCCUGCACCCCCUGAGUCACGACUUGUCAACUUUGACCAUGGAACUCGCACUACAAUCCGAGAUCUAUUCGGCAAUAUGCCAGUCAGGGUCAAGCAAAGAGCUGUCUUCAGUGAAAAGCCUGCUCUGGAUAAAGAAUGGUCAAAGUUGACUCGAGCUGUUGUGGGCAUGCUUCUUGCAUGGCCGUCGAGUAUAACUGUGUCACUAAGACAUGCAGCUACACAACGUGAACUUCGAUUCCGACCUCCCGAAAAACUCGACAUAACAUCGAGAACCUCUCGUCUCCUUACCCAAGCCGGGUUUGCAGACUCAAGUGAUGUCGAUGCUUGGGUACCUAUUUCAGCAUCAUGUGGGCCGAUUUCUGUCAAGGGAUGCAUUUGCACUAAUCCUGUUGCCACGCGUCGUUCUCAAUUUAUCAGCUUGGGAAUUUCUCCAAUUACCAACGAGUUUGGUACUGAUGUACUUUACGAAGAGGUCAACAGGAUCUUUAGUAACUCUAGCUUUGGCGUCAUUGACGGUGAAGAUGUUGAUCGUGGUGCUUCGCCAAAGCUAGAUGAGUUUACUGGUAGAGAGCUACGAAGUCACAAAGGCAUUGAGAGGUGGCCCAUGUUCUAUCUGAAGAUUACAACGUCUUCUUUGGAAGGAAUUAGCAAUCCAGACCAGCUGGGAAGUCAUGGCCAGACGUUGUCUGCGAUCAUUGACCUCUUGAAGGCGACAUGUUAUGGGUUUCUCAAGAAGCAUCAAUUCAGACCGCGGAAAGUCCAAAUAAGGACUGAUGAAUCUUUGUUCUCGACGGCGAGGACGCUGGGCCGGUCUAAGAAACCGACAUCGUCGAAUAGCUCCAGAGCCAGCUCCGUUGCCUCGGUAUCUAGAUCCAAAUCAGUCGCAGCACGAAUAGACAGCCCCUUUGAAGGAUGGCACCGAGUGAAAGUCGGAAGAGCAACGCCGCUUAGUUCCACUUCAAAGGCGACGGAUGUUUGCACAAAGACGCGAGAACCCCAUUCCUCUGACCGCCUUGUUGGUGAGGGUGGAAAGUUGCUGCGUAAACCGUUCGACAUAUCCUCCCCUGAACCAGAAGACGAGCCAAGUGGCUUUUCCAAAACAACCAGUACCUUCAGAUCUGACAUCCGCACUGUCAACUCUGAAACAAGUGACAGUAACACAAGCAGCGGUAAUGCCGGUCGAGUUAUACAGAAGCAAGACAAACAGCCCAGCAAAUGGCUCCAGGGUGUAAUCGACUCUUGGGAAAAUCCCGUUUUUCAAUCUGUGCAAGCAUUAAUACCAUGCAUCGAUGGCUCGACGUCAGAUCAACUCCAUGCGUGCAGCAGGAAUAACCAUAAUGGCAGUCAUGUUAGGCUUGGCGCUGGAUCUAUGAACCUCAAUGGGAAGAUUUCCCGUCACGCACUCACUCAUGCUACUACGAUAGCGCAGGUUGACCGCAAAUUUAUCUUGGUCAAGCUCUCUUUGGAAAGUGUGAAACCCGGGAGUUCUAUACUCGAAAGGCAGAGCUCAGCACUAGUCAUGCUCGAUCAGCACGCGGUCGAUGAACGAUGUCAACUCGAGGGACUCAUGCUGGAGUAUUUCACCACCGACCCUUUGACUAAUCAAGCAUUGCCCCGGAUAGAACCUUUGGGCCGGCCCAUUGUCUUUGAGGUUCCACAAGAGGAGUGGUCUUUGCUAGAACAGCAUCGCGGAUACUUUGCUGCUUGGGGCAUUGCAUACCAGACGCCCCCAUCCUCGCAUCGCCACAGAGUCGUGGUUAUCGGGCUUCCGCCAAGCAUCAUCGAGCGCUGCCGUCUAGAACCUCGAUUGCUGAUUGAACUUCUGCGCACGGAAGCUUGGCGCAGUGUUGAUAGCAGCAUUCCACUAGUGCGGCCAGCAACAGCUGCUCCCGACAAGCCCCUGAUAUCACGUUUCAACGGGUGCCCAAGAGGUAUCUUGGAGUUGUUACACUCCAGAGCCUGCAGAAGUGCCAUUAUGUUCAAUGACAUUCUCACAAUUCAACAGUGCGAGGAACUUGUCGCUCGCCUCUCACGUUGCGCAUUCCCGUUCCAAUGUGCACAUGGCCGACCCAGUAUGGCACCGUUGGUUGAUCUUGGAAAUGGAGGGACGUUUGGUGGUUGGCAAGAGACGGAAAAGCAGAAAAAUGUAUCAUGGAAGAGCUGGCUAGAGGCAUCGUGA